AUGUCUUCUCCUAUUGCUACCCUUGCAUUUGGCGUUGAAAUUGAGUUGCUUCUCAAGCCGAAGGAGGAUAGGCUGUCGGACAAAAAUCGCAUCACACCAUACUCAAAUGUUAUUCUGGCACUCUUGUGUUCCGUUAGCGUAGAGACCAAAUUAAAUACUGGCACCUACGAGAAUUGGACUGUGGCUGAUGAGCCUGCUCUUGAUGAAAGGCCUGGGUUUUUUAUGUCUUCGGCAGCAUAUCCAGUCAUUCAGUGUAAACAAUCAAUAACCAUCGUUCAGGGAGAUGUGGAAUUGAUAUCUAGGAUUCUAGGCUCCGAAAAUAACGGGAGGAGACAAAUCACUAUUAUGUUUGAUGCCAUGACGCAAAAUUUUGAUGUCGAGUUGAAACCACCGGGAGCGUCCUCGCACAUACAUGUCUCCCCAGAACGGGACAUAAAGCUCCACCCAAACCAGAAGAAACAGGCGAUUAAAGCUGCAAUGUAUUACAAUAGGGUGAUGAUUAGAGCCGUGGCCUUGCGAGCGCAAGCAGAACACUUAUUGCAUCCCAAACACACUGUUAAUACCGAAAUGGAGACCUUUCCACAACGAGGUCAAACAAAUAUCCUGGAGUCCCGCUUUCGAUGA